AGAAGAUAAAUUUUGGAACUUAUGCGACUAAUUUUUUAUUUUGGAACCUCUGAAUAUUGGAACCUAUGGGAAUUCACCGAAUGGAAUGUUCUCUAUGCAUUCUAAUUUGAUUGCCCUGAUGAAGCAAAGUCUCGCCUCCACUCACAUUCCUUCUGUUUUACAGCCACCACACCACAGGACAGAACAGAAGUUGAGCACGUUUACCGAGGAACACAGUGCAGGUGUUAGUUUUCUAGAAAACUCCGAGAAGUGGGGCUGGAUGAUACGAUGAAGGGACUCCUGACAGUAACCUCGGUUACUAUGAUACAUUCGACCUUCUGGUUAUGUUAAAAAACCUUUAAGCUAACUUUAUAGUUGCUUGAGAGUGGAUAGUUUGUAUUUAACCUCUGUUAACAUUUUUUUAGAUUAGGGUAGAGAUCCCUUGCCUAGUGAGGCUAAAUUCAUGUUACAUACAUACAUUAAGUUGUCCAUUGGUUUACCUUAAAAACAGUCGGAAAAUAGUUGUAAAUAAAUUUUGAUCUGUAUUUUUAAGGUUAGAGAUGCUUUCCUCUGAAGCGCUUUCAGUCGGCAGUAGUGACGUUCCAGAUAUUUUGCCAUCUGAUUCUAAUUCAAAUGAGAUCGCACUUCGACCAAACGAAUUGGGCGAUGUGGACAUCGUACAUGCGACGCAAUAUGGAAAGUUUGAAGUGGUUCGUCAGUUAAUCGAAUCUGGACAACACGAUGUGAACCAACUGGACAAAGAAGGAAUCUCCCUGCUGCACUGGGCUGCCAUUAACAAUAGACUGCAGAUGGUGAGGUAUCUGAUUAUGAAAGGGGCUCUCAUUGAUCGCAGAUGCGGUGACCUGAAUACCAACGCUCUCCAGUGGGCAAUACGGCAAGGACACUUGCAGAUGGUCGUUUUGCUUCUCCACUAUGGAUCCAGUCCACUGAUCCCGGAUGUUAAUGGUCUGAACAGCCUGCACGUGGCUUCUCAAAGUGGCCAUACUCCCAUAGUGGCCUAUCUGGUGGCUAAAGGGUCCGUGGACGUGGAUUGUAGAGACGAACAGAAUGGACGCACUCCUCUCAUGCACGCAAUACUCCACAGUCCAGGCGAUGAUCCCACAAGGUUGCUGAUAAAUUUGGGAGCAAGUGUAAAUAAAACAGAUGCCAGUUUUGGAAACACAGCUCUGCAUUAUGCUCUGGGAACAAACAAUUAUGGAGCAGUUACAAAAUUGUUGAACUGUAACGCCUCUGCUGAUAUCCCCAACAAACAGGGCGAAACAGUCAAAGAUUCAUUAACUAGUGUGUCGAACAGUUUAAUAACGAGACGCAUUCAAAAACAUAUCGAAACAGAAGACCUCACUUCGCGAAGGAAUUGGAGGACCUUUCACAAGAACCCUAAAACGAUCGACAAGAUAACGUUCGCACUGCCUUUUUUCUGCAUGGGCCUCAUUGGACUGGUCCUGGAAAGCUACCUGAAUUUCAUCCUGAAAAUAGUCUCCAUAUUCGCAGUCGCUACUGCAGUCAAAUACUUCAGCGGCAAAUUUCUGACCUUCAACUCUCACCAAAUCCUUCCCUUCUCCACUUACUUGGCCCAGAAGGUGUUGAUGUAUUUCACCUGGUCCCACUACUACUGGAACGAAGUGUCUUCCUGGGCCAACUGCUCCCUGCUGCUGGUCUCUAUCUUCCUCUGCUAUUACUUCUACAAAACUGUAUUCUCUGACCCAGGAUUUCUCAAGAGGUCAAUGGAAGCGAAGAAACAAGCGAUCAUCUCCUUUGUGGAGUGUGAGGACAAAGGCAUGGACAACUUUUCCUCCUUCUGCACCACAUGUAUCCUCCGUCGUCCAAUCAGAUCCAAGCACUGUGUAGUGUGUAAACAAUGUGUGGCCAAAAUGGACCACCACUGCCCGUGGGUGUUCAACUGUGUGGCUGCCAAUAACCACUCGUUCUUUGUCAAUUUCCUAUUUUUUCUAGAGUGCAUCAUCACACUGUUCAUGGGAGCCACUGCUGUCUAUAUAUGGCAUUACACACACGGAACCCUCUCUACAGAACCAGGUCUAGACGUUGCAGUCUUCGGUGGACUCUUCGGCUACAGGGAGGCCCCAGACCUCAUCAGCUCAGCUGUACAGACAGUGUCCAUAGAUUCUCCAGUACAGGUUCUGGGUUGGUUCUCGUCCUUGAUCCAGUUUUGCUGCAACAACCAGUGGAUAGUUUUCAUCGCUUCGCUUUCGAUGCUCUAUUGGAUUUGGGUGGGGGCCCUGUUUGGGUCUCAGUGUUACCAGAUGUUCUGCGUUGGGAUGACGACGAAUGAGUUUCUGAAUAGACACAGGUACAAGCACUUCAAACUCUCCCCGGAAGCGGAGAGCAGACUGCCCACUGACGAGAGGGAGAGGGAGGCAUACUUCCACCGUCACAGGGCCAACAAGUGUCGCAACAAAGCAUAUUCCCCAUUUCAGAAUGGUUUCAUGCAGAACGUAGCCGACUUCUACCAAGUGUCUUUCUGUGGCCUGUUGCAUCCCAAUGUUGUCGACUGGACCCACGUGUACUCAGUGGACGAAGUCACCACCCAGACUGGCUGCAGUUCCAGCGACCAUUCAGCUUUCAAAGCAUGAAAAAAUAGUGCAGCCAUUCAGCCUUCAAAGCAUGAAAAAAUAAUGCAGAUUAGACAGAAAUGCACCCAAAACGUUCCUUCAACUCAUUGCCACAGGAAACGAACCCUCUUCUAACUCCGUUUUAAAAACAUAUACGUGAAUAAUGACCCUACAAGUUAAUAAAUGCGCCUAAUUAUUGGCAAUGUGAAAAAUAAUUGGGAUCAAUCGAAUUGAUACUAAGUGAAGAAUAGUUUAAUUGUUCAGACUGUUAAUUGGUUCAAUUAUAAAACACUAUCGGACAAUGACA